AUGGGCUGCGGAAAUUCAUCAAUCUCACUCGUCAAAAAAAAGAAAGCUGAAAUUGAAGAGUUAAAAUUACAAUGUGCAAAAGAUGAAGAAAUCAUUGAGCUUAGAAAGCAUGAAAUUGUGCUUGAUGAAAUCGAGCCUGGUGAAAAAUUAGAAUUUUUAGCUUAUCAGGAACAAUUAAGAGCAAGAAAUUUUUUGCAGUGCUUAAAUCAUUAUGUUUCGCACUUACCUGAAAGUACAGCACUGCUAACAGAAUCAAUGUCCCUUGCAAAUUCAACAGAUCUAAACAGAGAUUUUAUACAAGUAGCUUCUUUGUGUUGAUAUUAGUACAAUCUUAGCGAUAUUAUUUUUUUAAAAAAAAGCUGCUUUAUAUAUAAUAAUUAUUGUUUAAAUUAGUGAAAAUUUUAUUAUAUUAGGAUAUUGUAAUUGGUAAUAUAGUGGGCGAUAACCGUUAAAUAAUAAUAUUAGGAUAUUCAUCUAUUAAUUAAGUAUCAAAACAGCAUAGGUAAGAGUAAGACUAAAAGAGUCAGUAGCCGAAAACAAAUAUGCAAACAUGCUUAAUGAAACUUUAGAAGAGCUUAUAGUAAAAAAUGAAAAAAUAAGAUCUAAGAUCCACGAACGCAUCCACGACUUAGAAAAUGAUAUGAAGCAUUUUCCUUUGCUGUUAGAAGCCAUAAAUGAAAUAAGAGAAAAUGAAGAUAUGCUGAAUGAAGAUCCCGGGGAUAAUUUGACAAUUCUGACAAAUAAAUUAAAAGAACGAUGUGAUAGGCUAACUCAAAUAGAAAUUAUCCAAAGGAUUUUUGACUAUCAAGGGUGCAUAAAAUACAUAAAAGACAAAAAAGAAGAAAUUACUCAAUUAGAACUUAAAAUAGAAGAGCUAACAGUUGAAAAAGAAGAACUUAAAAUUAUUAAAUUUUGCAUGAUCAAUUUAAUAUUUCUUAUAUAAUUGCCCUAUUUUAUUCAUCAAUUAUAAAGCUUAUUUAAGAUUUCACAGUAUUAAAUUUUAUUAAAAUGCAUACAUGUGAAGGGGUAAAAUCUGGAGAAAUUUAUUUUGAGCCUGAAGAAAUCACAUGGCUUAAUGAUAAAAUAAGCCAAAAAGAAACUGAUAUUUUAAAAUACCAACAAAAAAUUGAGGACUUAUUGAAUUCUAUUGAAGAAAAUAAAGAAAUCCACAAAUGAAAAGAAGAUUUAUUGCUAAAAGAAAUAGAAACAAAAAAUAAAGCUGAAGAGCUGAAAGAAAGCAUCAAAACAAUUGAAAAAGAAAUCCAAGAAAUCUCAUCAAAAAACAAAAUUCUGUUUGAUUUAAAAAAAGAAGAAGAAAAAGCUCUCCAAGAUCAGUCAAAUAUUCUCCUUGACAUAGAAAACCACGAAAACGCCAUCCAAAAAUCCCAGCUUCUCAUAAGCCAACAAAUAAAACUAAUGCACCAAGAAAUCUCCAUAAGGGACUUAAAAAUCCUCGAAGCCAGAAACGAGCUAAAAUUGCUCGAAAUCGAAAAAAAAUACGAAAAAGAAUUCACAGAAAAUAAAUUAAAAACUUUUAUUAUCAGCAGACUUUGCCAAGUCCAGCAGAAAAUGCCUGAGCGAGCAUUUAAAAGGUGGAGAUGGAUGACUGAGGUGAAGUGGAUUGAAAAAGAAAUGGAAGAAAUCGACGACUUUGAAGUUGUCGAACAGAUGGACGAAGGGAUUUUCUUGAAGGAAGAAAUGUUGUAUUGGAUGAAUAAAAAUCCGAUUUUAAUUGCAUUGAGAGAUGCUGGGAUGGAUAAAGAAAAACCUAUGACUCCGCUGAAUUUAAUGAAAUUUUUAGAAGAUUUUAUGGAGAAAAAGUAUAAAUCAGACCUUAAAGAUAUAGGGGACAGAAGAGAGCCGAGACAAAUAGCUGAGUUCUUGUUAGAACAUUUACAAAGAGUAUUUGGGAUACAAAAACUUGCUUUGAGACAGCUGUCGCAGAUUAUUCCGUCACUAAAAAGUUUGUUUGAUAAUGGAAAUCAGUAUGCUACUUUUUAUUGCAGAUUGCUUCAACUCUAUCACCCUUCCCCAGUUCCUUAUUCCCCCUUUAAAUUGGAACAAAAAAUCUGUUCAAAUUUAAGUGGGGUAAUUUUUUUUUUUAAAAUUUAAAAUAAAGUAAAAUAUAAUGCAAUAUUUUUGAGUUUUUAAUUUAUUUUAUAAAAAAUAAUUAAAAAGUUUAAUCGAUCCAGUGUGAAAAAUGUUUAAAUAAUAUUUUAAUUGCACUUUACCAUUAAUUUAGGCAAUAAAAUUAGUAUUUUUACUUAUAAAAUUUUCCAAUAAAAAAGAUUUUGUUCCAAUUUAAGAAGGUUAAGUAUCAAAAAAUUGAAAUUUUGCUUAUCUUUUGUUGAAUUUAAGAUGGGAGUUAUCAGCUAGCUUUAUUUUUAACUAAAGCUAGGAUGAUAUUUGCACCUCUUAUUGAAAAAUAUGAAAAAUCAGUUAUAUUCAAAAAUAAAAACAAGACUGGCAAAGCAAAGGACAACCUCGACUACAUUUACGCAGGAGGCUAUGCUCAAAUUUCUGACGCAAUAGAUUUAAUAUAUACUAUGUUUAGCAACGACAGAGAAAGCGGCACACAAACUUUGGAGCAUCUAAAGCCUCCUAACGUUACUGACGAAGAAUUCGUCAUCUACAAAAUCUGCCAUCGUAUGUCUAAGCUUGGGAAAACCCCUGAAGGCAUUUUUAAUAUUCUUGAUCGUGAUGGCGGAGGUAGCAUUGACUGUAUAGAAUUUGUAAGAGGCACCUAUAGCGCUUUAGAUUUAUGGAUUUCUCAGAGCACAAUUAAAAAACUUUUUGAGAAGAUUGAUAAAGAUGGCAGCGGAGACUUAUCAAAAGAUGAAUUCUGCAAAUGGAUUAGUCUGAAGUAUAUGCAGGAUUGCAAUAAAAGUGACAGAUUUUUGAUAUCAAAGGCAACGUUUUUGACAGCUUUAAUUGGAUUACAUUAAAAUGGAGAGAUGAAUCAACCUGCAUUCAUGUAGAUGAAAUCCUAAUGAAUUUAUAAGGACCUUUAAAAAGGUGUAUUAGGCAAGGUUUUAUAUGGUAGGGUUUAGGGUUUACUAAGGCAACCUAAUGCUGCCAAAUGAGUCUUUUGACUCACUUUUUUCAUGCACUCCCACAUUUUUUCUGCUUUUUUAGUCGCUCUUAUCACUUUUGCAACUUCUCCACCUCUGCCAACUGACUACUUUAACCGCAUUUUCCAUGCUACUUCCGCUACUCCUAUCACUAUCUUCACUUUCACUACUCUCUUCACUUUUGUCAAAUUUUUGGGUAUCUUUUGAAUUUUUUAUUUUUGGUCUUUGCGCUUUUUGGGCUUUUUGAGUUUUUUGGAUUUCUUGGGUCUUUGGAAUUUUAGUUUUUGGGCAUUUUGGCUCCUUAAGUGCCCUCUAGCAGUUCCCAUCUUUUCCAUCUUCUUAUCUAAAUUAGCUGCUCUUUUUUCGAAGCUUUUGAUUCCUAUUCCUCUCUCACUAACUUGAUGAAUAGAGGGGUUAGUACUGCUUCUCGAUCAUCCAAGCACUCCUGUGUUAUUACGCGAAGGAAGCUAUUAAUCUAUCAAAUGCUCUUACUAGUAACGUUCGUCUCCUACUACUUGCUUUUUAUCUGCAAUUUCUUCAUCACAUCCCUCUUUUCACUUCCAAAAUUUUACCUCAGCUAAAGCUUCAUUCAGAUCUUCAUCUUAGUCUUCAAAAAAACCACUAUUUGAGAUGCUUGCAUAUGAAAUUGCCAUAUUCAUGGCUAAAUAAAAAGUUUUCCAUGGUGUGGUAAAGCGCAAUUUUGAUUUAGCUGGCUACAUACCAAAUCUAAAUCUAGGUUUUGAGUUAUGAGAAAUGAAGUAGAGAGUUGAAAAGGAUCUCUCAGCAAAGCCAGCGUUUAUUUUCCCCCUGACCAAUCAAAAUUAACAAUUUAUAAUUUUUAAAAAAAUAAGCUUAUAUUGACAUGAGGUAUAAAACUCUUAAAACUACCGGAUAGCGAGUGCACGCCUUCUUUCGGCAAGAUUUAGGAGCUAUCCUUCAGGAAUCGGUAGUCUUUUAUAAGUAAGCAAUGAUAAAUGACAGCUUUAAUUGAGGUUUAUAUGACGAGACAGAAAAAAGAUACAUUAUUUUUAGACAAAGAAGUUCCAAAAGCUGAUGCCUAUGAAUUUGAUGCUUUUGAAGACAUUAUCAGAACUUAUAGCAACACUCUAACAUCUCAAAAACUUCAAGCCAUUUAUAAUGACGCAAAAGCCAUAUGCAACGACCAACCUCUCAAUAGAAACGCAAUCAUCAGAAUCAUGCUCAGAAAUGGUAUCGGAAAAUAUGGCCUUGGACCAUUUAUUCUCCCUGAGGUAGCAGCUAUAUAUACUGAAGACAGACCUCAAAAGCAAACUAUUUUUGAAUUAAUGGGAUAUGGAGAACGAAAAUCUGCAAGAAAACCCACAUUGAGGAUGUCAACUAUAAACACAGGUGAAACAAAGUCUCCAAAUCGGUCUCCAAACAGUUCAUUUAUCAUGCCUUCUUCGCUCGCUGGGCUUGCAUCAAAAGCAAUGUCAGGAAAACUAUCAAGAGACAACUCAGGGGAAUCAACGCCAAAAGCAGAAUUCGACACUGUUACAAGAAGAGGAGCCCUUACAUUGAGAAGCCGCGAGUCUACACCUAACCAGUCUUUUGUGUUUGAUAGCCAACAUUCUACACCAAAGCAUUCACUCAAUACUACAGUGACGAAUAGCUUUAGCGGAUUGGUAAGGAGAAAUACAAGAAGUAGCGAUAACAGAGGAACGACGCCGAAGGCAAGCAUGCUUGAAGGGCUUAAUAGAGCUUCAGAGAGGAAUUUAGUAGCUCCAAGCUUACAAGAGAGUUUUAGUGAAAUGGUAAAAAGUGCCUCGGGAGGUUUGCCACCUUUAAGACCGAGUGCUAGUGAAAAAGCUAGGCCUUCUAGAAUUGGAGCACCACAGAAAAAAAAAUAA